UAAUCAACCUAAACACGGAAACAGAUGAUGACUGGUAGGUUGGAACACCUUUCCUCUGAGCUCAUUGGACAAAUCUGAUUUGACCACGCCCCCAACUGUCAAGCCCGGCGCAGCAGGCGUGUCUUGGGAUUCCCUCAGGGCUAAAGUGCUGCACGUCCUUGGGCUGAGAGAGGUGACUCGAGCAGCAGAGGACGCGCGAAAUGAGGGCCUUGCGGGUCUCCCAGGCUUUGAUUCGUCCUUUCAGCUCAUCUGCCCGGAGCCACUUAGAAAACCGUGUGGCAGAGAAGCAGAAACUCUUCCAGGCCAACAACGACCUCCCAGUACACCUGAAGGGCGGGGCAAUGGACAACAUCCUAUACAGACUGACUAUGACCCUGACGCUGGGGGGCACUGCUUACUGCUUAUACUGCCUGGGCUGGGCCUCCUUCCCCCACAAGAAGUGACACCAAGAAUCUUGGCGGACUUGCACAAACAUCAAUAAACAUGCUAACCUCUUGAGAACCCCAA